AUGUCCGGAUGGUCGCCUUUCCCUGUUCUAGAAUUCCAAGCGGUUGUGGAAAUGAAUUGCAGCAUGACUAGCAACCCAAAUUAUGCCCGCUAUUGUGCUAGCAGCACCGCAGGAUUCCAUUGGACCAUGAACCACAGCUCAGAACCUCUCGACAUCACGUUUCGGUCUCCCUUCUCUCUUACUCGACCAAGAACAGAAUUGAUUAGUAGCUCUUCGUCAGCAUCUAAGCUUUGGAUUAGACUUCUUACGUAUUCCUUCCGAGUCGUUCACUCAAUAGGAGGCAGUGUGUUCCAAUCAGGAUGCCAUCUCAUCCUCAAGUAUCCGAUGCAUCCAAGAUCAAAGCUUCAGCCUAUCAACGCUGACAAGCCGCUUCUACCCAGCAAGGCUUCACUGUCGACUGUGUACGACAUAAUGAGCCGAGAUCAUUUUGGCUACACACAAAAAUGGGUGGCAUGCCUCUGCGUCAAACAUCGUCGGACCAACUUGCUCGCUUGGACAUCUAGAAAAGCUUCUCGAACUUUAGUGCGACCAACCAACAUCGCCGUCUCGCCUCAAGCCUGGCUGGCAUUCCUGACCCUGCAGUCGAGCAACCUCCAACACCCAAGCUCUGAGUCAGGUCCCAUAAAUCGCGAGCGCACAACAUCCUGGUCACUCCGCACCGCACCCCCGCCUGCCGUUCACACCCCCACGCCGCCGUUGCCCGCAAACAUGCUCAAUACGCAUGGGACAUCAGCUGGUGAAUACGACGUUGUCGGCCGGCUUGGUGUUGACCGUCAAUGA